AGCCCCAUAUCACACAGUGAUCGCUCUACCUCAACGCUCACGACAUGAUAUGAACGUCAGAAACUCGGAUGCGCGGUCUCGUGAAGAGGAAUCCUCACGUGGACGCAGCUGGAGCAUGAAAACACUUCAGUACUCGAGACUCAGGGACAGCUCCGCUCGUCUAUAUCCCCCUAAUUGACAAUUUACCAACAGACGGAGGGUGUUUUCAAUCACUUGGACUCAAUAUGUACCAGGGACAUUCACAGGAGAAAGACUCUAGGGUGGUUGCUAUGGUGCUGAAGGAGCUACCAAGUAAGGCAUCCUCAGAUGGAAAACCCCUGCUCACCGUGACAACCAAGUUGUGUAGUGAGCAGCAAGAGAGCCGUCCGUUACUGAGUCCUUCCAUCGAUGACUUCCAGAUUGAGAACAAGAGUGAUGGAGCAGCUCGGCCAGUCACCUCCAACACAGCAGUUUUGUCAACAACACUAGACCUGGUGGACUUGAGUGAACCAUGUGAGAGGAGGUGGAACUGGGACAGACGGAGCCCCCGCGGGUCUUUUAGGAAUGGUUUCUCUAAGAGCAGCCUCCGGAGGAAGAAGACUGAUGAGACAGAGCUGAUUCAAGUGGAGAAAGAGCCAUCAUCUCCCAGCCCCUCCAUCCCUGAAAGAGCCAAUUUAGAUUCAGUGAGCAGCUCACACCUGGAGAAAUGGGAGGAGGUGAACCUUCACCCAGCCCGUGCCUUGAAUGGAGUGAGGAAGUGGAGAUCUGAAAGGAAGAGGUGCACUUCCAACCAUUCAUCCAGUGAGCUUCUGUGGUCUGCAGAUUUUAAGACAAAUUUCUCUAACAGACACAGUGCCCUGGAGCAGAGCAUUAGCACAGAGUCAGACCCCGGACCCACCCCUCAGCGGCAAAGGCCCCAGCUGGGCAGCGCUUUACUGGGUAGACAACAAUCAUUAGAGGAGGAGUUUGUGCGAGCCAAGGCAGCUGUGGAGUCAGACACUGAGUUCUGGGAUAAAAUGCAGGCUGAGUGGGAGGAGCUUGUAAGACGGAACUGGCUGGACAACACUGACAGUGAAGGACUGGUUCCACUUAACUUCUCACCGACUGAGAAGGGUUACUACUUCCACACCAAUAACCCCUAUAAAGAGUCUGUCAAUGCCUUUGAGGAGGGACUGCAGAGGUGCAGAGAUGGGGAUCUGAACAGCGCUGUAUUGCUGCUGGAGGCGGCCAUCUUACAGGACCCUCAGGAUUCAGAGGCUUGGCUGGUUUUGGGGACCACACAAGCAGAGAAUGAGAAUGAGCAGGCAGCCAUUGUUUGUCUUCAGAGAUGUUUGGAGCUGCACCCAAAUAAUCUGAAGGCACUGAUGGCUCUGGCAGUGAGCCUGACCAACACAGGACAGCAGCCUGAAGCCUGUGAGGCUCUCCACCGCUGGAUCAGAUACAACCCCAGAUAUAGACAUCUGUUGCAAGACCGCAGCCCUCUAGACGGCUCCCCACUACCCUGCCGCAGAGGCUCCUCCAUCUCCCCUAUCUCCACUCUCGGAUGCUCUCAGCUGGUAGAGGUGUUGGAACUGUAUCAGGAAGCAGUGCUGCAGAACGCAGAGGGAGUGGACCCUGAUCUUCAGACAGGUCUUGGUGUGCUCUUCAACCUCAGCUCAGAGUUCGACAGAGCUGUAGACGCUUUCAACGCUGGACUGUCUGUCCGACCCGAGGACUAUCUGCUGUGGAACCGGCUUGGGGCGACGCUGGCUAAUGGGGACCGCAGUGAGGAGGCGGUGGAUGCCUACACAAGAGCACUGGAGCUUCAGCCUGGCUUCAUCCGCUCCAGAUACAACCUCGGUAUCAGCUGCAUCAACCUGGGGGCACAUCGGGAAGCAGUGAGCAACUUCCUGAUGGCUCUGCACCAGCAGAGGAAGAGCAGAAGUCAUCAGGUGAUGUCUAGCAACAUAUGGGCAGCUCUGCGCAUCGCUCUCUCACUCAUGGACCAGCCAGAGCUUUUCCAUGCAGCCAGUGUGGAAGAUCUGGACCUCCUAAUGAGGGCCUUCAACAUGGACAUGUGAUCACACACUGAGCUGUGAAAUCUGUCAUUCACAAACAAUAGGCACAAGGCUAGGCUUGAGUGAAUGAGGGGUGUUAAUCUAAUAUGCAGAGUGUGCACAGCUAUUUAUUGUUGUAUUUAUGGGCUACUGGGCAGCCUUUACUAGGGCGUUUAUUCUGUAGAGCACAAACAAUUAAAGACAAAUUAAGGUAUUUGAGACUAGAGGAAUAAAGGGCAGAGAGGGAGAGCAAAAGCACUUUUCAAACCAUUCUUGAUGGUAGUUCUGUUUUAUUGAAAAAUAAUAUUUAAGCUUAUUUGAAAACUUUGUAUUCUUGAGACUUGAUUGGGAAUGUAGGGAAUAUAUUUGUUUACUUUAUGGAUUUGCAGUGAAUAUUAAUCCUCUCAAAAAUCCAAUACAUACAGUGAACAAUUCCUUCUGUCAAUUCCUCUUCAUCACCACAAUGUGGCACUGUUGUCCCAGAGGGCAAAAAAAACACACCAAUUAAUCCUGUCAUUGCAUCCUCUAGCAAACACCCUGACACCAUGUGCAGUGUGAUGAAUGACAUUAGCUGAAUUUCACUUUAGGACACAACACCCUCUCAGGGUGAUCUGUGCCCAGGUGUGCGGGCAGGGUGUGUUCCCCAGGCCAUCUGUCUUCCAGCAAGCUCCUUUUAAUGCUGUGUGCUCCGGGGCACUCUGGAUCAGGGCUCGGUGGGAAGCGACUUCAAAGACUUUGCAUGAAAGGUCACAGCAAACGCAGUAUCAUGUUGAAAGUGAGCACCUUUAUGUGAGAUUAUUUGCCGGAAUAGAUAUAUAUACUAAAUGAACAUCUUGGUCAUACAUUUCAGAUGUUGGGCCUGAUAAGUCUGUGACUGAAAACCCUUUAUUCUGUAGAAAUAUAACCGUUUAUGGAGGUUAAAUCCAUGUGUUAUAGCUCUUUUGAUUUCAGACCCUUUCUGUAGUAUUAGGCUGGACAUUUUUUUUGAAGACAUAACUAUGCAAACCAGAAUAGUUGGUUGUUAUUGGCUUACCUUACCAAAAGUCUUAGUGGGUCUAGACUUUAUUCAGAUUUUUCUUUAUAAUUUUACUACUAUGCAUUAUUAGUGAAGUCAAUAUAGCAGAAGCAAGUCUGCUGAGGAAACUGAACUGCACUGAAUGAGAUACUGGUAUAUAAACAUAUGUUUCCCAAUGAGAGAAGAGACAGCUUCAUUAGAUGCACUCACAGUUUAAAUAUUACAGAUGAUUUUGGAGAAUUUGGGCAAAUCUUAAAUGAUGAUUGCAUGUACAGCUUUUUCUCUCUAUUCUUCCCUAUACUUUAAAAAUAGGAAGAAUGUAACUGCUAAUGUACUUUGUUUUUUUUUUUUAUUAAUAAAUGCUGGAAUUGCUAUAGAGCAAAAUUGAAAUGUCAACAAAAUAUAUACGACAAUAUUUAAAACCAUAUGCCACAUCAAUGGGCACAGUAUGCGGGCAUUAAUGACACUUACAUUAUCUAGUAGUGAGUCACACUAGUUUUGCAAUGGCCAGAGCUGUUAACGAUGCAACUAUGACUAUAAUUAGAAAUGACUGUAGUAUAGCAGAAUGAAAUGCAUUUUAUUUUUUACUAAUGUAAACUAGAUUAUUCUAUGGAAUGAACUGUCAUAAAAUGUAUGCAUGUCUACCCGUUAUGUAUCAUCUUUCAGUCUCAGCUAGGUUAACAGGUAAUCAACCCAAGAUGCAUUUAUAACCAAUUUAUUAAAAUUGUAUUUUAG